AUGUCUUUCUCACCAGAACACCAAGUCCUUUACAAUGUCAAAUUCUACAUGUACAAAGAAACCUUCCCCUUCAUGAUGCCAUUACUUGGAAAGCUUGUAGGCGUAAUCGACACCUUGCCCUUCAUCAGGUAUACUGUAGUUGGCCAGGGACCAGUUCUGUGUCCAUUGUAUUGUUCUACACAGGGUCUUGAGGCUGUACAACAACACAUCAAACUUACUGCAUAUUUAGAGACCAGACACGUCCAUGCUCCUGCACUCAAUGCAGAAAAGGUACAUCUCCCCCGCAGUCAUGGAUCUGCCUGCCAAGUGGACCAGGCAGGGCCAAGACAAAAGAUUCACAUUGUUUACGAUGACAUUGUUGAUUUCAUGAACUUCCAGACCAUGGUCCACUGGGCUGAUUAUCCAUCAGGGUACAACAUGCCCGUCUUCAAUUUUGGUAGUAUUCUCGAUAUGUCAGACAUUAUUCAACCAGAUCAGCAAAUGACCACUCACUCUUUAACAAUUGGACUUCAUUGGAUGUCAAUAUGGCGUUGGAAGGUGAUGGCGCCUAUUCACAUCAUGGAGCACCUUCAAUUUAUCACACCCACUCUUCACCAUAUAUUGCCGAUUCUGCACCUCAUCCCAUCCCAGCUGCAUCUCAUGCACUUAUCAUCAAAGCGCAGGACACCAAUAAUGAUGAUGACAAUGAUGAUGAUGAUGAUGCUGGCCUACCUACAACUUCUUUUCAGAGUGGCAAUAUGCACUGGAAACUCUGUGAACCCUCAUGAGAUCACCACAAGCAAACCUCAGUUUAUCUAUGAUACAGCUCAGGUAGCCAAUUGGGCAAUCGAUCACCAUGAAGCAGGAUUUGGACUGCAUGAUAUCUUUGAUCCAGUUAUCCAAGCUAAGCUUGAGAUGUUGCUAGAAAACUUCUUGCAUUCAAAAUCUGACCUUCUUCCUAUCAACAUGAGCAGCUCCAAAGGCUGGAGUCUUGGAUCAACAUAUCGAGAGCUAAAUUAUGGGGUAAAUCCAUCAUUUUUAGUCGUUGAGCCGAUCCUUGCAAGAGGCCAGGAGCUAUACCCAUAUUAUUGUGUAGUCCUGGACAAACAUACUUGGUUAGAGCCUGUAGAUGGUUAUCUUCUUUUCCAGGAAUGUAUGGUGGUGUGGCAUUGGAAUCAUAAAAGACUCGAGCUUGAGGCCCAAUUCUGGAAACACAUUGAGUAUUUUCCAUUCAAGAUCAAAAUAGAUCACAUGAAAAUAAGAGCUUUACAGAUUCAGUUAAGCUGGUACCAUGUAGGCAAGUUUUUUUGGCAUUGUGGUACUCAAUCAGAUUAA